CGACGAGAUUAGAGAGACCUUGAAAUCAACUCAAUCAAAACGAAUGCAAUGCAAUAAAAUUAUGUAUGUAUACCCUUAAAUUAAGGAUGGUGUGUUCUUCAAUCCGAUCUUAUUUGUAUGUUUGACUGUAUAUUACUAGAUUGUGAAUUAGAACUGUAUUAUACGUGACAUUGCUCUUCCCUGGUUGGAGUUUCAACCAAAUGCAUCCAUGCCAGCCACUAGUAAUAGAUAACCGAGGCCCCAUCGAUUGCGUCACGGGUUUAGAAUCAUUCGAUCUGUACAUACGCAUGCACAUGAAGAUUCCUCUUUGCUUGUAUUAGCAGCCUCACGUUCCUCAUCUUCUAUCUUUCAGCCAGCGUUCAAACUCAGACUCUGCCACGAACAAAUACAGGAAGGGCUCAUUUUUCUUUCAGCUAAAUCGAAAAAAUGACUCUCAACUUAAACUUACCCUCUCCGUUUCUUUCUAAUUUCUCCACCCCACGCUUCUCAAAACUCUACGAAACCUUUCCCAUCAACGGCAGCGGCAGCGGCAGCAACACAACUGGGCUCUUGUCUCUUUUAUUUUUCGCCAGAAGCAGACCCAUGUCAACAAGGUUUAGAACGAGGGCUUCGUUGAGUGAAAGCGAAAACGAGGUCGUGGAGAUUAUUGACGAGGAGAUGCUGAGCAGAGUUUCAGGUGCUAAGGAUGCAAAUGAGGUGCUGGAGAUAGUGGCUGAGAAGUCAAAGAUAAGUAGUGGCGUUGUGAGUCUUAAACAAUGUUGCUCGAUAAUCAGUGCAGCCAUUGAUCGUGGCAAUUCUGACCUCGCUUUGUCUGUUUUCUAUGCCAUGCGCUCUACUUUUGAUCAAGGUGUACAUGUAUGCACAGGUGCUGUCAGUGAAAAUGAUACAUUCGUUGACAGAUGGAAAUGGUCAAGGCCAGACGUUAGUGUAUAUACAACAUUAGUUCAGGGUCUUGCCGCUUCAUUAAAGGUAUCAGAUGCGCUUAGGUUGAUUGAAGAUAUUUGUAGAGUUGGAGUUUCUCCUGGAGAGGAGGUGCCAUUUGGGAAAGUUGUGAGAUGUCCAACUUGCUUCAUAGCUGUAGCAGUAGCUCAGCCCCAAAAUGGUAUUCAGAUUGUAUCAUGUGCCAAAUGCCGCUACAAGUAUGAGCUUGUUUCUGGUGACAUUGUCAGUAUUGACUCCGAAGAAAUCAGCAUGGAUAUACCUGCGUGGAAAAGGGGGCUAGGAUUUUUGCAAUUAGUGAAGCAAAGAAUUCCUGCGGCUGUUCACUCCAUUGUGGUUCAGAUUCCUUCUGGGAUGGCACGCACACACAGGUUUGCUACUGAAACAGUUGAUCUCCCGGCACAGGAAGGAGAAAGGGUAACAGUUGCUUCUGCAGCUCCAUCAAAUGUCUAUAGGGAGGUGGGUCCUUUUAAAUUUAGUCCAAAGGCCCCUAACUUUUACCCUGGAGAACCUAUGAGCCUAACAAACCACAAAGAUGGUAGGGAAUCACCAUUACUAAGAGCCCCAACUAAAGAUGGAAACUCGUCCUUUCUCAACCCCUUCAGCAUUAUCCCUCUUAUGGCUGUUCUUGCCGUCGGAGAUGCUGCCACAGGAAUAAUUGAUCCUAGCUUGCCUCAGUUCCUUUCAGUUGCUGCUGCUGCAUCUCUUGCUGUUGGAGCAACUUUAAACAUUCUUGUUCUCCCUCAACUGAACCAGCUUCCCCAACGGUCAGUGGAUGCAAGUGCUGUCAAACAGCAGCUUUUAUCACAAUAUGACAUGCUUCAGUCUCGUAUCAAGGACCUAAAAGAAGCUGCUGAAAAAGAGGUUUGGAUGUUGGCUCGGAUGUGCCAGCUGGAGAACAAAAUUUAUGCUGUAGGAGAACCUUCUUACCGUGCAAGGAAAAGUAAAGUUAAGGGCGUGCGUGAAGGCUUGGAAAAUUCCCUCAAGGGACGGAUUGAACUGAUUGACAGCUAUGCAAGGAUUUCUUCUAUGAUUGAGAUUGAGGUAGAAAUGGAUUCUGAUGUUCUUGCUGCUGAAGCAGUGAGCAGUGUGGAAAGCGUUUCCAAACACGUACAGCAAAUCAUGGAAAUAGAAAAUCUUGAAGAGAAAUGGAGACUGCAGGCUGAAGCAAAUGAUGAGGCAGAAAGACUCCUUAGCUCCCAACCUGUUAUCCCCACAGAACAGAUUUAGACAUCUCACUAUGAACUUUUGACCAAACUUACUUUUCCAGAUGCAUCAGAUGUUUCCCCCUGAAAGAUCAUUCUCAAUCGAUCAGUGGAAAAACCGAUUACCGACUCAUUGUUCAUGAACAUCAGACAAUGUUGCAGAGUUAUAUGUUAACCAGUAACUGAAGAAGAUUCUGUGAAUUGGAGGAUGCCUGGACCAGUUAUUCAGAGACUUUAUUUUGGCACAGAUAAAGACCUGUCCCAGUGACUGAGUAACUUGAUUGAAAUUACAAGACCAUGCUUAUGAAGUACAUUAAUGUUACUUGUGAAUCGAAAUGGUGAAAUUGUUUUCUUCAUUCUACAAAUAUUUCUUGUAUGAUUUAAUACAGAUCUUGUUCAAAUAUUUCAUUUAUAAAAUUGUAUGAUUUGAAUCUCUUUUUUAAUA